AUGUUGCUGAACUUCCCCGUCGAGGGCUCCGGGCCCGGAGGGUGCCAUUUCGGGAAGGGCCUCGACCUGGAGGUCCUGAUUGCCAGGAGUGACCACGACGCGCUGAACACGGCCAUCACCGACAUCUUGUCCGACAGCAUGUUGGACCUCCGCCUUGGAAAUCGUGCAGGAGAUGGAGAGCGGCUUAUGCCGAAAUCUGCUCGAACCCCGUGCUCAGCAACCGAAAUUCAUGCACCAGCCUCUGGACAAUGGAGAGUCCAUGUGGCCCCUGGUGCUUGGAACGAUUUUUCUGUCCUUCGCAAUGCUGGUAGUUGCGUUCAUCGCCGGCCGCCAGAGUGUUCAUUUGGGCUUCUGUGGAUGCUUUUCCAGCUGCUGUGGUCUUUUUUCUCAAACGACCACAGUAGCUGGAAUCACUACCAUGGUUUCCGAAAUGAAUGUGGAAUGGAAUGCCUGGGCCAGAUCCCUGGCUACUAUAGUUGGUAA